CCGGAUAGAGGAUGUCUAGAUCGAUUUAUAGAUAGAUUUCUAUCCAUAUAGAUAGGUAUCUCCGUGGAUAGAGAAAAAAAUAGGGAUCCAUCUAGAUCUUGAUUCAAAAUUUCAUUCCAUUUUUAUUUUUACGACAAGUUUGAAAUCUGCAAGGAAACAUCGUUUUUCUUUUAUUACUUUCUGGGUCGGAGCGUAGACGAGCGAGCAGAGCCCAGUAAAGAGGGAAGCCCGUGAUAGAGCAGUCGACUAGAAGUAAAAGACUGCUGGCCUGAGAGAAGGCGGCCUCUCUCGGCAAAGAUGGCCCCAUUUCUAUUCUUUCUUUUUGAUUUCGGCUUUCUUUCUUUUUUCAGGGGCCCAGAACGCUAAAAGGUGGGGGAGAAGCAAGCCGAACCUCUGAUCGACCGAGACACAUAAAAAAUUCUCGGCGUCGAGAGAAGAGAUUUGAGAUUCCGUAAGUAACUCAGUGAGUGCUUUCUAAGCUAAGAAGGGCUUGGAAGAAGAAAAUGAAAUUGGAACAACCGCGCUGGUCGUAAUAGAUCGACUUUCAUGCGAGUUCUUGCUCAAGCAUGAAAGUUCCAUUUCAGGAAAGGACGACGUACCAUGAUACUUUCUGUUUUGUCGAGCCCUGCUUUGGUCUCUGGUUUGAUGGUUGCACGUGCUAAAAAUCCGGUACAUUCCGUUUUGUUUCCCAUCCCAGUCUUUCGCAACACUUCAGGGUUACUUCUUUUGUUAGGUCUCGACUUCUCCGCUAUGAUCUUCCCAGUAGUUCAUAUAGGAGCUAUAGCCGUUUCAUUCCUAUUCGUUGUUAUGAUGUUCCAUAUUCAAAUAGCGGAGAUUCACGAAGAAGUAUUGCGCUAUUUACCAGUGAGUGGUCUUAUUGGACUGAUCUUUUGGUGGGAAAUGUUCUUCAUUUUAGAUAAUGAAAGCAUUCCAUUACUACCAACCCAAAGAAAUACGACCUCUCUGAGAUAUACGGUUUAUGCCGGAAAGGUACGAAGUUGGACUAAUUUGGAAACAUUGGGCAAUUUACUUUAUACUUACUAUUCCGUCUGGUUUUUGGUUCCGAGUCUGAUUUUAUUAGUAGCCAUGAUUGGGGCUAUAGUACUGACUAUGCAUAGGACUACUAAGGUGAAAAGACAGGAUGUAUUCCGACGAAAUGCUAUUGAUUUUAGGAGGACUAUAAUGAGGAGGACGACAGACCCACUCACGAUCUACUAAGAAGGAAAGUAGCUUGAUAUUGGUUCGAAUCCAAUUCGUGAGAAGGCCUUCUUUGUCAUCUAGAUGUCUUGACGCCUCCAUUUUAUCGGCUAGUAGAUAGAAUCCCUUAGGCCACUCCAUUCCCAGCUGAUAGAAGAACAGCCAUCCAUCUUGUUUUUUAUCAAAAACUUAUGGAGCAAGGAAGAAGACGAACGAGAGACAGAGCAAGAGCACUUUUCACAAGGCAAGAAAGCAAGCAAGCUGUAGGUCAGAGGAGAGUGGAUCUCCGGGUUAAAGGUAGCCCAAGUCAGUCAGUCCAUCAGUCAGUCAGUGGCUGGGGCUUGGCUUCGUGCAGGCCUAUGUCUUAUGCUUCUUAUAGACUCGAAAGAACUGGCUAUGGAACUAGUCUUCCUCUUUUUUUUUUUCUUGUUUUGUAAGGCGAUACGUCAACUUUCUCGCUCGUCUGAUCCUCUCUUUGUCGGCCAAUACCUCAAGACCGUCGCUAUGCAUUUGAUGGUCUUUUGGGGUGGCGAUCCCUCAUUGGCCAAUAGUGCACGUGGGGAGUUGCAGGGAGGCUGACUCUGGAAGGCGCCGGAGUGCCACACGUUGGGAGAUAUCGGAGGAG